AUGGCGUCUAAUUCUUCUCCUUCCAACCUUGGAUGGACUUAUGAUGUGUUCUUGAGUUUUAGAGGGGAAGACACCCGCAACAAUUUCACUGGUCACCUCUAUACCGAUUUGGUUCAAAAAGGCAUUAGAACUUUCAGAGAUGACAAACUUCCGAGAGGAGAAAAAAUUGCGCCAGAGCUUCUAAAUGAUAUUGAAAAAUCAAGAUCUUCCAUUAUUGUUUUCUCAAAAACUUAUGCUGAUUCAAGAUGGUGCCUAGACGAGCUUGCAAAGAUCAUGGAGUGCAGACAGGAAUAUAGGCAAAAAGUAUUGCCAAUUUUCUAUUGUGGAUCCAUCGGACAUACGUAA